GCCUUUCAAGCCUCGCUGUCCGCGAUGUGGGUGUGGGUGUGUGUGAGAGAGAUUCCUCCGGACCCCACCCUGCUUCCACAGUUCCAGGAAAAAAAAAACUUUUCACAGCUUCCCACUUCUGCCAGUGCUUCUCUGGAUAACAACAGCGGGAACAUAAAACAAGCCCACACUAAAACUUGGAGUACAGCAUUAAAGACAGUUUAAGGCUUUGUGAGUGACAGCGGGAGGAUAUCGCUCUUCUCUCUGGGACUGAGAACCACCGACGAGGUUGACGUCUCGUAAUUUGGCAUCAUGUCACACUACCCUCCAGGGUACGACGAAUCUCAUGGCCCGCUGUAUGGACCUCAGGGUGGGAACUACCCACCACCCCCUCCAUAUGGAUUCCCAUCAUAUGGUGGUUCACAGCCAGGCUAUCCCUCUGCUCCAUACCCUUCUGGUCCAAAUGCCCCUCUGUACCCAGGCCAGCCAGCUGGCUACCCUCCAGGCCCUUAUCCAGGGAAGCCACAGCCUGCUGGACAUCCAGGAUCUGGCUAUCCCAAUCCUCCUCCCAUGCCUCCUGUCGUUCCACCUACAAUACCAUCAGAUGUCCUGAGCUCUGGUGAUGAGUUUGCAGCAAGUGGCAGCGAUUGGGACAGUCUGAGCAUUCGGCAUACCUUCAUCAGAAAGGUGUAUUUGAUCUUGGCGUGUCAGCUCCUGGUCACCACAGCCAUUGUGGCCAUAUUCACGUUUGUCCAACCUGUCAAAUCUUUUGUAAGGAAAACCCCAGCUGUGUACUGGGCAUCAUACGCUGUGUAUUUCAUCACCCACAUCGUGCUGGUCUGCUGCAAGGGCCCCCGGAGGAAGUUCCCAUGGAACAUGAUUCUGCUCGGCCUCUUUACUCUGUCUUUGUCGUAUAUGACUGGAACCAUAUCCAGUUACUAUGACACAAAAGCAGUGUUUCUUGCGCUGGGAAUCACAGCUGUCGUCUGCAUCGCCGUCACAGUGUUCUGCUUCCAGACGAAGGUCGACUUCACCAAGUGCCAGGGCCUUUUCUGUGUCCUUGGUAUCGUCGUGUUCGUGACUGGCAUCAUUACAGCCAUCGUGCUGUCCUUCAAAUACAUAUUUUGGCUUCACAUGCUUUAUGCGGCUAUCGGAGCCAUAGUUUUCACUCUGUUCCUGGCAUAUCACACUCAGCUACUGAUUGGAAACAGAAAGCACUCCAUUAGUCCAGAGGAGUACGUGUUCGCCGCACUCUCCAUCUACGUCGAUAUAAUCCAGAUCUUCCUUUUCCUGUUGCAAAUUAUUGGUGCUUCCACCAAAUAAAAAUCCAGCGGCACAGUGUAGUGAAAUCAUUCCAUGCUUUUGAAAAGCUUUACUUUUCCAAUAGACAUUAAAAGAUUUUUAAAACCAUGGCGCUCUUCAGGGAAAAUGUCUAAGGGCUGAAUAUGAGAUUUUACAUUGUAGAUUAAACCUGAACUGCUGCUCAAAUGUUUGGGGUCACGCUGAUGCACCCUUUUCUUGAAAGGAAGAACUUUUGUUUUCAUCUAAUAACAGAUUAACUUGAUCAGAAAUGAUCAAGUUAAUCUUGAUCAGUUUAAUGACAGUUAAUUGUAAAUGUCCAAAUUAUGUGAGAUUAUGUACAUUUAUGGUUUGGGAUUUUCAUAAGAACACAGGAGUCAAUUUCAGCAUCAUCCCUCCUGUAUUUCUGAGGUGUAUUGUUACCUAAUGCAGGUUUUUCAUGGGACCAGGCUUAUUGAUCCCUAGACAAAAAACCUUUCCAAACACAGCUGAAAGCUGAUAAAGGAGCGUUCUAGUAUAGUUAUAGUAUAAUCUAGUAUAAUCACGCGAAAUGCUUCAAUCAGCUAGGUAAAUGAUUAGCUUCUUUAAUCUGUUUUCAGCUCUUGUUACAUGGUCAAUCUUUUUACAUGAAAAACUUGCAUUUAAGUAACAUGAUGUACCAUGAAAGUGGGCUUCUGUGUUUACGAUGUAAUCUUCCACCAUAUAUAUUGUAUUGGAGUUCCAUCUACUGUGUUAUCCAUGUGGAGGUGUUAAAGCAUGCUAUUCUGCAGUAAGCUAAUGUUUAAAUGUUCAGUUAACUGGAUGACUUUACAAUAAUAACAUUUAUUUUCUUGUUCUGUGAUCCAGCCAUGAACAGCUGAUCAGAGUUGUGUUAAAAAUUAAUGAUUUGUUUUUUGUUCUUGGUGUUUUUUUUUUUUUUGUUUUUUUUCAUCCCCUGCACAGUCAAGGCGUGGACUGAACCAUUGUUUCAGAGAACUGUACUAAGGAGACCUUUAAGAAAAAAAGAUUGAUUGAUUGACUGAGAUAUAUAUAUAUAUAUAAAAAUUAGUGAGAUAUAUAUCACUAAUUUAGGGCUGUCAAUGUUAACAUGGCUUAAUCCGUCGUCAUGAUUAACGCGAUUAAAAUUCUCAAUGCAAUUAAACCAUCUGGAGCGCAGAAUGGACAAACUUUGUACAAACUGCCCAAAUUGCCUUGAUGCAUGCAGAGAUUUUGAGUCAUUCUGCGCUCCAAAUGGGUUAAUUGCAUUGAGAAUUUUAAUCGCGUUAAUCGUGACAGCAGAUUAAUCCACGUAAAUGUUGACAGCCCCAGAAUAAUUCAAUUUAUCUUUUGUUUGCAUAACAUCUCUGAUCACACCUUGUUAAGUGUUUUGGGGUUUUUUUGCAAAAUAUGUAUAUUUCAAAGUGACCCCCCAAAAAUCUGAGCGAUAGUUUACAUCCCCAAAAAAUGCACUUUGUAAGAACUCUAUAUUUGUUUUUAUAUACUUUAAGCAGCUUAUCGGUGGUUAUGACUAAUACUAUUACCUAACUAUCUAAAGACACUGGAAUCCCAUCUGCAACAUUAUUCCAUAUUACUGGACUUAAUGCAGAAAGUGUCUGAUCUCCCUUCUGUGUAUGAACAUGUACAGCUACAAAUGAAUUCUCCCAUGUGUCUAAAUGCUACAAGAACAAGGCAAAUCCUAAAGUGUAACUUUCUGAGAUUGAUUAUGAAGUACAGUAGGGGUGGGCAUCUCCACAAAAUUUGAUCUCCGUUACUCAAGUAUGAGCAGAGUCAGUGUUUUGGGACACGUCCACCUCUGAAGCACGGCUCGGUGGCACUAAUCGCAGCCACGGCUCUGCUAUAUAGGUCACUUUAUUUGAAUUGUACUCCUUUAUAUCACUUCAGUGCCUUCACCGUGUCAAUGUCUGUUUGUUUGUUUUUUUCUUAACUUUACAGAAUACAGGGUUAUAAUAUGUUUUAUAGAGUUGUUAUAUGUGUGCCUGUAAAUAUAGUUGUGAGUUAGUCAGAUGUGGGUCAGACAGCGAGGGCCGGCAAGGCGGGAUUUUUCCACACAGGACAGCAUUAUCGGUGCCAUGUUGUUAAAGUACUGGAACAUUUCUGAACUCCAGUCUUUCAUUGUCCAAAUGUCCCUCCUGAGAUGAUCAGCUAAGUCCAUUAACGACAAAUUUAGAGCACAGCUUAAAGUUUAUAAAAGCCUCGACUCAAAUCAACAGAGGCAGACAUGUUUACUGUACACCACGGAUGGUUAGUGUGGAAGAGGGGGUUGUAAAUAUAUCAGUGCUACAGAAAAUCUAUUUGCUUAUCAUUAUAAAUAAAGUUUUCUUUUAGUCUUAA